UACGUGCGGCUGCAGCUGGGCGGAGAAACGCCGGCAGGCCAGGGUUGGGCUGCUGGGGCGCAGCCAGAGCUGUGGCGCGGCGGGGAGGGGCCGGCCCGCUGGCCCUGGGGAUCUUUAAAUUCUCCUGCUCUUGGGCGGCCUGUGCUCGUACCUGUUUGUCGGCAGCGAGCGCCUCACCGCUCUGCUCUCCCAAGCACUCCGGUCCUCUACUUUAGGUGGGAGAUGCUGUUGCUCGAUUGCAACCCCGAGGUGGAUAGUCUGAGGCAUCUGCUGGAGACCGGGGCCUCCGUCAACGCACCCCCGGAUCCCUGCGAGCAGUCGCCCGUCCACUUGGCCGCAGGUGGCGGCCUCGCUUGCUUUCUUCUCUGGCAGCUGCAGACCGGCGCUGACCUCAACCAACAGGAUGUUUUUGGAGAAGCUCCACUACACAAGGCAGCAAAAGUUGGAAGCAUGGAAUGCCUCAGCCUGCUUGUAGCCAGUGACGCCCAAAUUGAUUUAUGUAAUAAGAAUGGGCAAACAGCUGAAGAUCUGGCUUGGUCAUGUGGAUUUCCAGAAUGUGGCAAGUUUCUCACAACAAUUAAAUGCAUGCAGACAAUAAAACCAAGUGAACAAUCCAAUAAAGAUCAUUGUGUUCCAGUACUCAGACAGAAACGAAGUUUUGUAAGUGAAGAAGAUACAAAUGGGAAAAGGAAGUGUUGAUGUCGUAUUGGUUAUGAAGAGGUGUGGAGAAGGUCUUCACUUCAUGCAGAUCUACUGCUCAGCUACAGGCUAUGGCUUUUGGCUCAUCAAGUGUGUCUAAACACCUUCUAAGAAGGAGGAAAACUUUCUUCUAAGUGAAGAUAACAUUCAGGAAUACAUGUAUUUACAUGCCUGUAACGUUCUGGUUGUGCAUGCUUUGUCUUUUAAUUUAUUAAAGGAAUGUCUAAAGAAUAAA